AUGGGCAGCUGGGCGGAGAGGACUCUCUGCAAAGUGGUGGUGGAAGACCGGGCAGCACCUAGGCCUCACCCUGAGACUUCCUGUGCAGCUGACGUGCUCCUGGACCCAGACACUGCUCACCCUGAGCUCUUCCUGUCCCAGGACCAGAGGAGGGUGGGGUGGGGCCCCUCCAGGCAGAUCCUGCCCAACAACCCCAAGACACUCGACUGCCGGCCAUGCGUCUUGGGUGUGCAGGGUUUCUCCUCGGGGAGACACUACUGGGAGGUGGAGGUAGGAAAUGUGAUGGUGUGGGCCGUGGGGGUCUGUGCAGACCGUGUGCAGAGGAAGGGGGAAGCCCUGCUGGGCCCUCAGAAUGGCUUCUGUACCCUGGGGCUGCUUGGACACCAGUGCCGGGUCCUGUCCUCCCCUGAGAAGACCCUUCCCCUGAAGGAGCGCCUUCACCAGGUGGCCGUCUUCCUGGACUACGAAUGUGGAGACGUCUCCUUCUACAACAUGAGGGAUCAGUCCCACAUCUACACGUGUCCCCGCUCCCGCUUCUCUGGGCCCCUGAGGCCCUUCUUCAGGCUGGGCUCUGAUGACAGCCACCUCUUCCUCUGCCCAGCAUUCACGGGGGCCCAGGGAGUCACUGUGCCUGAGGGUAGCCUGGUUCUCCAUGGAGCAGGGACCCACCGCAGCCACCAGACCCAGCGCCCUGGUCUCAGAGCCCAGAAGAGAAGCCCUGGCUCUCCCUGCUCACACAGCACAGCACCUAGAGGACUCGGCCCCUCCCUCUGGGCACAUCAGAGAACCUGCCCCACAGGCCAGGGACUCCCUCCAGUCCCAGCCCAUCCCCCCCUCAGCCUGUUGCUCUAG